CCGUGCGUGGUUCUCGUUGAAACCAGACAGCUGAAUCCGCCGGCCACAGUACAUUUCGAGUCGUCGACCGUCAAACGACGUCUCUUUUACUCGAACGUAUCCUGAAAUUCGUAACAGUUCAUCUCAUACAGUUGAAGGAACGGAUCUGCGAUCUUAAUUAAUUAGCAACGACGCAAAUACAUACUAUGAAAGUAGUGAUUUGAUAUCAUGUUGGAUACUGAACCAGAAGCGGAAAUCGGCGGAUUUUUCCGCUCGAAUUUGCUGGUGGUGCGAAAAGCGAUUCACCAGCAUGAUUUCAAGAAGUUCGCUACUCUCGAGUCGAACGGUCAGAGAGUGGCUUUCGUCUUGAGCUACCCCGAGGCCCACCGACUGUCUCUCGAGGUGGAGAAACCGAUGAUCAAGGACGGCGAGGCUGCCGCUGGACUGAAGAACGUCGGAAACAAAUUCUUCGGUCGGGGCGAAUUCGCGAAGGCCUUGGAGACGUAUUCGAACGCGGUUCUUUUAGCGCCGUCGACAGAAUUAAGCGUCAUCCUGGCGAAUCGCUCGGCCACGCUGUACCACCUGGAACGUUACGAGCACGCAUUGGAGGACAUUGAGGAAGCCUCGCGUCUCGGUUACCCAAAGGAUCUCUUCUACAAGCUCGAGGAACGACGUGCUCGAUGUCUGCUGAGUUUGAAAAGACACGACGAGGCAGUCGAGGCCUUUAGACAGGCUCUCGGGGCCCUGGACGACGCCAAGGUACCUUCGGAGCGCAAACAGAAGCUCGAGGCGGACAUCAGGGUGAUGCUCGCGGUGAUGGACAAGGGCAAGCGGCUGAACGAGGCUACAAAGUCGAAAAGCGUCCCGCGAAUAAACGGCAGGCAAAAGUGCAGUGCGCAGAAGGGCGCAGAAGAGAGGAGUCACGGCUUGCUUAUUCCUGAAAAGAAGAGAAAUCCUUUGUAUCCGGCUUGCAGUAAGGCAGUGGAGAUCAGGGACGAUCGCGGGGACGUGGGAAGACAUGCCGUGGCGACCAGAGAAGUGUCACCUGGCGAGAUUGUGAUUAUGGAGCGGCCGUAUUGCGCGUCUCUGUUGGCGGAGAACAGGCUGACACACUGCCACCUGUGCUUCGCGAGGAUAUUCGUACCGAUCCCGGCGGCUUGUCGCACCUGCAGCUGCGUCGCUUAUUGCAGUCGUCGUUGCAGAGACAGAGACGCUCAAGUGCAUCUGAGGGAGUGCAGCCUGUUGCCGGUUCUGUGGCAUUCGAAGGCUUCGGUCACGUGUUUCCUAGCCUUGAAGGCGAUCACGCAGCGACCAUUCGAGGAGGUCAUGAAACUGAAAGAGCGGCUCGGUGAUGCCGCAGGCGCGCUCAGAAUCUCCCCGGAGAACCCGUAUCUAGGAGAUGACUGCAUCACGUUUCACAACUUGAUUACCCAUGAGGACAAAAGGCUGCCCGAGGAUAUCUUCCACAGGGCUUACAUGGCGGCCUGGCUGUUCAGACUGCUGCGAAGCAGCGAUUACUUGCCGGAAAAUGUAAAAUGCGCCGAUUCACCGACAAGCAGGUUGUCCGACGAGGAGCUGUUCAUUGCUGGGCUGCUAUUGCACAAUUUGCAGUUACUGCAGUUCAACUCGCACGAGAUCUCGGAACUGGUGAGACCGAAAGGAGAGACGACACUCGCCAAGGCCAAGAGCAUGUUCAUAGGCGGUGGCGUUUACCCCACAGUGGCGAUGUUGAAUCACUCGUGUAAUCCUGGUGUCGUAAGGUACUUUGUCGGCACCACCAUGAUCCUACGUGCCGUUCGUACGAUCAGCGCUGGCGAGGAGAUCUCUGAGAAUUACGGUCCUAUCUUCACAACUACACCCGAGAAUGAGCGAAAGAGAAGAUUGAGAGUUCAAUAUUGGUUCGACUGCAACUGCGAGGCAUGCACGGGGCAUUGGCCGCUUCUGGAGGAAUUGGAUCCGACGGUACUCAGAUUUAAAUGCGAGACCGGACCAUCCUGCGGCAACGUCUUGCCAAUUAGAAGCGACACGAACGAAUUCAUGAUCGGAUGUGUGAAGUGUGGUAAGAACACGAAUAUCUUGAAAGGUUUGAAAGCCCUGCAGGACACGGACGCGCUCUUUAAGGUGGCGUCGACGAAUCUUGAAGAGAGUCGCAACGAGCAGGCACUGAAGGCUUACUUGGAGAUCUUGAAGCUGUUGGACGAGACGUUGGCGUUGCCCAUCAGGGAUUAUCACAUUUGCCAGCAAGGAGUCAGACUCUGCGUUCUUGCUUUAGGCAACAAAGCAUUUAUUUAAUUAUAGCCAAAUUCCAACGUUGUGUGAGCAAUCGGUAUUCUAAAUCCCCUUAUUUAAUCGAUUUUAAAUUCUUCUCUUUUUCGACUAUUUGCUCGUUGUCACGUUUUAUUGCUAGUUUGCUUCAUAAUCAAGUCAAUUUUCACCGGUAAUCUCUUGAGUGUAAGUCAAUAAAGAACACCUACGUUUAA